AUGUCGCUCUCCGCAGUGCUGCUGCUGCUGCUGCAUCUGACGGUCUGCAACUCGCAGAAUGUUGAUUUCUUCCAUAACAGUUUAAAUGGCUUUGUUGGUGCAAUCAACUUCUAUACAAAAGAGACAUUUGUAAAUAAUUCUUCUUCGCUGACCAUUCGCCUAAUGGGGAACAAUCUCAACUGCAUUCCCGAUUUCUCAUUUGAUUGCCAAAAUAGCAACUGUGGGUAUGUGAGCACUUUGGUACGCACGGUCGACCAAGAAGGCAGCGGAGAGUGGUGUCAGAAUGAACUUAGGUCUGUUCAGCCAUCUCCCAUUAAUGUGGUUGGUUCAUUUGGGGUCCCUGGUGUUAAUUGGGUGAGUGGCAUCAAAAACAACAUUGGAUCAUGGACAACUGCAGUAACAUACGACCUGAGGAACCGCUCUGACAUCAACAAAGAAAGCUCCUCACCCCAGUCUACCGUGAUCCCAUUUGUGAGAGUUCCUUCAAACUGUCGGAGAGAUUUCAGCCUGUUGAUGUUUGACCCUGAUGGGGAUCAGGUUAAAUGCAGAUAUGGAAACUCCUCACUCUCGGAGUGUAACGGCUGUGAGCCACCAUCUGUCCUCAGCCUCUCAUCAUCCACUUGUACUCUGUCGUUCGCCCCCACUGCUGACAGUAAUGUGGGCAACUAUGGAGUACAGCUGCUGAUGGAGGACUUUCCCAUGAAGAACAUCACCAUGACUGGAGUCAAUGGCACAAAAACAACACAAACACCUAACGAUGCUCUCAGCAAAAUACCGAUCCAGUUUGUUCUGAUAGUGGAUCCUCCUGUCUUAUCCUGCACAGAGGGAGACUUUUUGCCCAAAUUCUUGCCUCCAACCCCAAACAACAGAGCUCGGCUCUACACGCCUGUUAAUAAGACUCUGGAAAUCAACAUCAGUGCAGAGGCACAAAACUCCACGAUCUCUGAGCUACUGUUCAGCGGACCAUAUGAUGCAAUUCAGAAUAAAACUGGACCAGGAAAUUUCACCCUGAGAUGGACGCCGUCUAAAUCACAAGACAAUGACACCCUCCCCUUCUGCUUUGUUGUCCAGGCACUUUCCAAUGAAACCAAGUAUCACUCAGACCUUCGAUGUGUCAGCGUGACUGUUGGAAAUGGUGUCCCAGCCAGUGCUUCAGCUUGUAAGUAA